CUUCAAUCAAAACACCCUCACCUCUUCUUCCUUCCGUCCUUCUCUCUUUCCAGUUUCAAAUGCAAGAACCUGGGUUGGGAAUGAUGACUGCUGCUGCUGCUGCUGCCGCCGCCGCCUCUACUGCUGCCUUAAGCGGCGACGUUUCCAUCUCCGGCGACAACGCCCAACUCAAGGCUGAGAUUGCUACUCAUCCGCUCUAUGAGCAGCUUUUAGCCGCACAUGUUGCUUGUCUUCGUGUUGCUACUCCGAUUGACCAGCUUCCAAUCAUCGACGCUCAGUUGGCUCAAUCGCACCACGUUUUGCGAUCUUAUGCCUCUCAGCAGCAUCACCAACAUGCCCAUUCCUUAUCGCCUCACGAGCGCCAAGAACUCGACAAUUUCCUUGCGCAGUAUAUGAUCGUUUUGUGCUCUUUUAAAGACCAGCUUCAGCAACAUGUGAGGGUUCACGCAGUGGAAGCUGUUAUGGCAUGCCGUGAAAUUGAAAAUACUCUACAAGCUCUUACAGGAGUGAGCCUUGGUGAAGGAAGCGGUGCAACGAUGUCAGACGACGAUGACGACGUUCCCAUGGAGUUUUCGCUUGAUCAAUCUGGUGGUGAUGCACACGACAUGAUGGGGUUUGGACCGCUGCUUCCAACCGAAUCGGAAAGGUCGUUGAUGGAGAGGGUUCGACAAGAAUUGAAGAUUGAGCUAAAACAGGGAUUCAAGUCAAGAAUUGAGGACGUGAGAGAGGAGAUACUGAGAAAAAGAAGGGCAGGGAAGUUGCCUGGUGAUACAACCACAGUAUUGAAGAACUGGUGGCAGCAGCAUUCCAAGUGGCCAUACCCAACGGAAGACGACAAGGCGAAGCUGGUGGAGGAGACGGGGUUGCAGCUGAAACAAAUAAACAAUUGGUUCAUCAACCAAAGGAAGAGAAACUGGCACAGCAACUCUCAAUCAGUAACAUCCCUGAAGUCAAAGCGCAAGAGAUAAGGAAAUCAUAUGAUAUGUUGUAUUGUAGGUUUGGCAAAAGUAUGGUCUGACAGAAAAUGAUGGGAUUAGGUUACUGUAAAAUGAGGUUAGAGAGAUUAUUAAGGAUUGUGACACAGAUUGGAUUGGCUUAACAUGUUGUCUUUUUUAAAGGUUGUAAAUUGUUGCCUUUUUAACACAUCCAUUUUUACA